AUGUCGUGCUUGUUGUCGUGCUUUUCAUCUUGCUGUGCAUCUCUCACCUGUGGCCUCUGCACUUCAGUGGCUUCUGGGAUCUCUAACAGAUCAGCAAGACUUGGUUAUUGUGGUCUAUUUGGUGUUUCUUUGAUUCUUUCUUGGAUUCUCAGAGAAGUUGGUGCUCCUCUCUUGGAGAAAAUCCCUUGGAUAAAGUCUUCCGGUACUCAUCCGAAGGAAUGGUAUCAAAUACAGGCAGUGCUUCGUGUGAGCUUGGGGAAUUUCUUGUUUUUUGCAAUAUUUGCUCUAAUAAUGAUUGGCGUGAAGGAUCAAAACGAUAGACGGGACUCAUGGCAUCAUGGUGGUUGGAUUGCAAAGAUGGUCAUUUGGCUUUUGCUUGUUGUCCUCACGUUUUUUCUUCCUGAUGCUGUCAUCUCAGUCUAUGGAAUUUUAUCAAAAUUUGGUGCAGGGAUAUUCUUAUUGGUUCAAGUGAUUAUAUUGCUAGACUUUACACACACGUGGAAUGAUGCAUGGGUUGAGAAAGAUGAACAGAAAUGGUAUAUUGCUUUACUUGCUAUAUCAGUUGGAUGCUACCUAGCAGCAUUUGCAUUUUCUGGCGUUCUCUUUAUGUGGUUCAAUCCAUCUGGCCAUGACUGUGGCCUCAAUGUUUUCUUCAUAGUCAUGACCAUGAUUCUCGCAUUUGCUUUUGCUGUGAUAGCAUUGCAUCCUGCGGUGAAUGGCAGCCUCUUGCCUGCAUCGGUGAUAUCAAUUUAUUGUGCAUAUGUUUGCUACACGGGUCUCUCUAGUGAACCCCGUGACUAUGCAUGCAAUGGUCUGCACAACGAAUCAAAAGCAGUCUCCAUAAGUACACUUGUCCUUGGGAUGCUGACGACAAUUCUCUCAGUUCUAUAUUCUGCUGUUCGUGCUGGAUCUUCAACAACAUUUCUGUCACCACCAUCCUCGCCCAAGGCAUCAGCUGGAAAGAAACCACUUCUAGAAGCAGAAGAGUUGGAAGAAGGGAAAGGAAAGAAGGAAGCAGAAGCCCAGCCUGUCAGUUAUUCUUAUACCUUCUUCCACCUGAUAUUUGCACUGGCUAGCAUGUAUUCAGCUAUGCUUCUUUCUGGAUGGACUGAUACAUCCGAGGCCUCAGGCCUAAUAGAUGUUGGCUGGACUUCAGUUUGGGUUCGAAUCUGCACAGAAUGGAUCACUGGUUUACUCUAUGUAUGGACCCUUCUUGCUCCAUUGUUUUUCCCCGACCGCGAGUUCUUUUAG